CCUUGGUUGCGGUGAAGUCGCUCAAAGAAAUCAAAGAAAAUAGUCGCUCAAAGAAAAUAGUCGAGCAAAAGAAAUUCUGUCGAAGAAACAACGGCACCCUACGUCGCUACAGAUUUCGGUCAAGCAAACGAUAAUUCCCGCUCGACUGGGUCAGUUUGUAUUCGAAAAUGGGCCUGGGUCUAGCUUCUGCCUGGGUAGCCGGCGAAGAGACGGCAUUGCUUAUUUACCUGAAGCGAGACUGGGCUGUCUAGGCAAAGAAGCUGAACACAUGCGCUGAGACGCAAAGCACCAGAUAAUGUCCCUCGUUAUUCAGAUACCGCUAUAUGAUAGUACGAUCGACCAUCACGUACUCUGAAUGUACAUCGUCCCGAGUCCUUGAGGUAAGGGUGGCUGCAAAAUGACUUUUGGCUCGGCAGCUAGUGAUGAUGCAUGAACUUCCCGCCACAUCUGGGCGAGAAAUCUCACGAGAAAUGUCCCAAACAAUUCUUCAUCUACAUUUCUACCUUUUCAGUUUCUUGUUAGUUAUCCUGAAAGCUUGUUUUCGAUUGGUCAUCGUGCCAUAAUGCGUCCAUCCAAAUUGUGUGGUACAGCAUGUGGUCUGUCAGCAGUGUGUGGGAGGAGUGUGGUGGCUUGGGAUAAAGUGUGUGGUUGCUGACACACAACCCACAGGACCCCUGUCAACACACUUUCCACACAUCUGAUACAUUUCCAUAGAUUUGAUGAAAAGAUCCGAGGAGAUGUCAAAGAUCUGAGAGAAUAAUCUGUCGCUGACUUUUCAUCCUUCCGAAUGACGAUAUCCAAAGCUUUCUCUUAUUGCGUGUGGCAGGUAUAAAACCCCCAUAAUCUUUCUCCAGAAUCAAAAAAUUCUUCCCAUCAUCAGAACAACCAGUGCCUGUUUACACAACCGGAUAAAAAGCUUGCCGAUCCUUUUCUCUAUCCCUGUUACAUAUUUGCCCAACAAUUAUUCUAAAUUUAUUCUGUAAAAUGUCCAAGCCAAUCGUCGUCGUCAUCGGAGCCACAGGUGGUCAAGGUGGAAGUGCAGUCACUUCCUUUCUCGAGGACGGAGCCUACCAUGUGAGGGGAACCACUCGAAAUGUGAACAGCGCCAAAGCCAAAGCUCUCAAAGAUCGCGGAGUUGAGCUAGUGACAGCAGAGCUCGAUAAUAUCGAGUCCCUCAUCACUGCAUUUAAGGAUGCGACUGUGAUCUAUGCAGUGACCGACUUUUUCGAACCCUUUGCGAGUAAAGGGCCUCAAGAGGCGAUCAAGAUCGAAACUCAGCAAGGUAUCAAUCUCGCCAAAGCUGCUGCAGCCACUCCUACUCUGAAGCAUUAUAUCUGGUCCACCCUCGCCAAUGCCGGAAGAAUCUCGGGAGGGAAGUACAUGAUUCCUCAUUUCGUCGGCAAGAAUAUCAUCGACGAUUUCAUCAAGAAUGACCCCGCACUCUUCGCCAAGACUACGUUUCUCUGGAACACAUAUUACGCCAGUAACCUGUUACUUCCAAUGUUCAAGCCGAACUUCUUGAAAACCGCUGGCAAAUAUGUCUGGCUGCAGCCGAGUUCGCCAUCGACACCGAUUCUCAGCCUUGGAGACCAAAAUAUUAACGUGGGACCAUUUGCGCUCGCCAUCGUCCAGAAGCCAGAGUUGACUCUCCCUGGUAAAUUUGUUCUCGGUUCAGUUGAAUCACUCACUACAGGUGACCUUCUCAAGUCGUGGAGUGAAGUGACAGGCAAAAACGCUGAAUAUAUCCAAGUGACCCUUGAGGACUUUGACCGACUGUGGCCAAAGUGGGGCCUUGAAAUGGGGGAAAUGCUCAAAUACUGGGAGGAGUUUGGAAAUAAGAGUUGGUCUGGGGAGGAGAUCGUUACGAAGGAGGAUUUGGGGGUGGAUUUCCCUUUCGUUACUAUCAAGCAGGCAUUCACGACUUUCGAUUGGGACCUCUGAUUGUCUUCGGGUAUUUGAAGGGGUUCAGGGCAGGUUGCUGUUGGUCGAGAAGUCACUGGUAUGUAAAAUUGUGAAAAGGAUCGAGAUCUAGAAAUACAGAAUGAAUUGUUUGGUACAAGUAACGAAGCC